GAUGAAACCACUUUAAAUUUCUUAAUGUUAACAUUAAUUUUCCUCUUUGUACAGAUCAUCUAUGGAGAAAGAUAAAGGGUCCUUCCGUGUGCCCUUAUUGACGAAAGAGUCACUUGCAACACUAGAUGAUGGAAUGUGGCUGAAUGACAUUGUUAUGGACAUUGCAUUGAGGUCUGUUCAUGAAGAAUUAAGACGGCAUAUAAGGCGGAAAUCUUUGAUCUACCCAGUGUAUUUUUACACUAAAUUAAAAACCAGUGGAUUUUCUGGUGUCAUCAACUGGACAAAACAUGAGGACAUUUUUCGAAAGGACUAUCUUUUGAUUGUUGAGAAUGUUCUUAGAAAUCACUGGAGACUCAUGAUUGUGUGCUUCCCUGGAAAUGAAGAAGUAGAACACAUCAAAAAGGGACGAAAAUUGGUACAAAAAAGGAGGCCUUGCAUUUUAAUGCUAGACUCCCAGUCUGAGCAAGUGAGUGACAGCAUGGAUGUGUUCCAAAACAUUCGAAGUUACUUAACAGAAAUGUGGAACCACACAAGAAAAAAGCCCCGUACAUUUUCUGCAGAUUCUAUGCCAGCCCUGAAAGUGCGGGUACCCGAACAGCAAGGAAACACCUCUGAAUGCGGCAUAUUUGUGUUACUCUAUGCAGAGAACUUUCUGAAGGAUCCUCCCAAAGAACUAAUCGAUGAGCUUGACUGUACAUCCUGGUUUACACUGGCUGAUGCAUUUUCAAAGCGUGCACAGAUCAGGGACAAAAUGCGAAGUAGCUUAGAAGCACAUGAAAGGGCAGCAGAGGAAAACAAAGCAGAACAAAGAGAAAGUGAAGAGGAGCAAACGGUUGCUGAGAGUGGGCAAGAGAAAAACAUAGCCAAGAAAAGAAAAAUAGAAGUCAUAGAGGAGGAAAAGAUACCUGAGGGAAAAAAAGAAGGCAACACAACUCAGGGAGGAAACUAUACAGUUCUGGGUAGGCUGUCAGUGCCAGGCACCAAAAGGAAAUACAUUGUAACCCAAGAUGAACUGAAGAGAAGAAUCAUGGCAGAAAACAUGUCUAACAAUCUGUUAAGAAGCCUGAUUAGGGUUCGUAAAGAGGAUCUCCCUGAGGAGCUCAAAGAACAGCGACCGAUCAAAGCAAAGACAAAGAUAAGCAUCUUCUCUGCUCUCAGUGAAGGGGAGGCCACAGAUUUGGCCCAGGAGCUGGGAGCCAUGCUUGGGCGACAUGUAAACCUAGACAUGACUGCAAGUGUUCCUAGUGCUGAGGCAGAUGUUGCAAAGAAUACACUCUGCACCCUCCAGCGCUUGCUAAGGGAAAAACUAGGAGAGGAAUCACCUUUUAGUCUGCUAACCCAUACGCUUGGACCACAAGUGGUAGAUGUUGUCAUCUCAUUUUUAAUCAGUCAGUUUAAGUAGAGGUUCACUGAGCCAUUGAACACAAUAACAAAUGAUUGUUAAAUUAUAACAAACAGUUAGUUAAGCAAAUAAUGUAACAUUUAAUUGGUUUAAAUAUACAUCACUG